UCAUGACAGACGUCAAUUAAAGAAGAAAGUUUUAAAAACACAAAAAUGAAAAUGUUGAUGUGGACAUUUUUUUGAAAACUAGUAAAAGAAAUCGGCGAAUAGAUUUCUCUUUAAAAGAUUUAAAUUUAAAAAACUUAGUAUGUUUGUUGUUUCAAAUAAAGAGUAUUGAGAGAUGCCCUAGGAAAUUUACAUUUAAAACUAUGCGAAGUUUUUACUUUACACUCUCGAAAAGUUAACAGGAAAAGUUAAAUUAAAAUAUAUACAGAAUGGAUUAUUUUAAAAAACUAAGGCGAUUCGAUGCCUACCCUAAAACGAUAGAGGAUGUAAGAAUUCAAACUUUAGGAGGCGGAACAAUUACAGUAAUUUCAAUGGUUAUAAUUACUGUUUUAUUUUGGCUUGAAUUUCUCAAUUACCUUACGCCAAACGUUACAGAAGAAUUAUUUGUUGAUACGUCUAGGGGCCUAGAUCUAUCAAUUAAUAUAGAUAUAACUGUUCCUAAAGUCUCUUGUGAUUUUCUAGUCUUAGAUGCAAUGGAUUCAUCGGGUGAACAACAUUUACAGAUUUCACAUGAUGUUUUUAAAAGAAGUUUGAGUUUAGAUGGGGUGCCUAUAAACGAACCAAAAAAGGAAAACAUUACAAUAUCAAUUAAAACUAAAAAUGAGACAGACAACACACAAAAAAAUCAAACUGAUUAUUGUGGCAGUUGUUAUGGAGCUAGGGAAGGAUGCUGUAAUACUUGUGAAGAAGUUAGAGAUGCUUAUAGAAUAAAGAGAUGGGCCUUGGAUAAUGUUGAGGAUAUAGAACAAUGUAAGCAUGAAAAGUUUAAUGAAAAAUUGAAAACGGCUUUCACUCAAGGAUGUCAAAUUUAUGGAAAUUUAAAAGUUAAUAGAGUUAGUGGAAGUUUCCAUAUAGCACCUGGAAAAAGUUUUAGUAUAAAUCACGUCCACGUACACGACGUACAACCUUUUUCUUCAUCCGAAUUUAAUAUGACGCACAAAAUAAAAACUUUGACUUUUGGAACAAUGAUUAAAGGUGGGGUUCACAAUCCUUUGGAAGACUUUGUAGGUCUUGCAGAAGAAGGGGCGACAAUGUUUCAAUAUCAUAUUAAAAUAGUACCUGUUUGUUACGUUACCAAGGAUGGGACGACCGUUUACAGUAAUCAAUUUUCAGUGACGAAACAUCAGAAAGCAGUUUUAUUAAUGUCGGGAGAGUCUGGAAUGCCAGGUAUAUUUUUUCAGUACGAACUCUCACCUUUAAUGGUAAAAUACACGGAAAAAGAUAGAUCUUUAGGACAUUUUCUAACCAACGUUUGUGCUAUAAUCGGUGGUGUCUAUACAGUAGCUGGUUUACUUGACACCUUUUUAUACCAUUCGAUAAAAAUGAUUGAGAAGAAAAUCGAGCUGGGAAAGCUAAGUUAGAUUUGCACAGGCACACUAACGCACCACCAUGAUAUAAUAUGUAAUAUUAAAUAAAGUAAUAUUUUAUUAUACCAAUUUGUUAUAAUAUUUUA